GCUCAAUCUGGGCCAACAAACUGGCAUAGUUCAGGUUCAGUGAAAGCUUACCCCGCCAACAACAUUCCAAGCAAUUGAAGUUCGCAGGGCGGAAAGAUAUCAGCGCUUACUCGAUAUAUCGACGGAGAUGCUGGUAUAUUGCACUCCCAGUAUCAAGAUUGAAGUUACUCGAUCCAUGAUGGGGCAGACUUCCCCUGACACUAUUCCUCUCCCGAUGGCUCAGGGUAACUCUGAAGUCGACGAAAAAGCCCUCAGAGCACACCCAAUUUCCGGAUCGGCCCUUGUUGAAUCUCAGCAGUUCGGCAAGUCUCUUUGGGAGAAAACAGGCAAACUGACUGUGAAGCUCCCUGAUGCGACAUUGAAGGACUACUUUCUCAAGUGCGUCACCUGGGUUUGUCCCAAAACCAUAUGCCUGGGGAAGAUUGCGAAUAAAGAAGGGAGUUACUUUCUUCUUGUGGAGUUCCGCCACAUAGCGCGGCAGCCCGCUGAACCGACAAAGUUGGCCAGUCACCUGGCUGACAUGCACCUGCGUUGUGUCUCACCCACUGGAAAAUUCGGCUUUCAUAUUGCCACCUGCCACACCAAAAUCAUUCAAGUCAUCGACGUGUGGGAUGAUUCAUGGUGUGUCGUUUUCCGCCGUCACCUAGGACACAUUACCAGCUUGGCAUCGCCCGUCUUUCAAUGGCCCGAGUUCGACAUUGUUUCCCGUGUGGUUCUCGGCAAAGUGGUUCCUCGUCUUCUACUGCCACUUCAAUCAGACGGUAGAGUGCAGAAACCCAGCCUGGUUCACGGGGACUGCUGGGAUGGUAAUACCGCGGUGGACAGGAAGUCGGGAGAGGCUUUCAUUUUUGAUGCAUGCUCAUUUCACCGACACAAUGAGCACUAUACGGGCAACUGGCGAGCCCCUCGGCAUAAUCUGAGUGGUAAAGCACACAUUGAGAAUUACGAGCUCCACUUUCCAGUUUCAGAGCCAGUCGAGGAUUGGGAUGCUCGAAACCAACUGUAUUCACUGCCGUACAACCUAGGCAAUGUCAUCUAUGUUCCUGAAUCAAGUCAGAGACAAGUAUAUGAGAACUCACUGUACUCUAAUUUGUCAUGA